CCUCCCGAAAUAUGCCCAGAAUAUCCAUAUCCACCGAAUAAUACCCGCAGCACAGAGGGAUCAGCCCGCGGCGUGUCGCCGUUGCUCCUCCGUGCCCGUCCGUCUGCGGCGGUUGCGUGUCUAAAAAUAUUCAAAUUCUCCCGGCACCAAUCAACCUGCAAGUGGCAAAGCAGGGAGAAAGAACAGAGGAGAAAGAGGAAAAAAAGAGGGGCUCUCAGCGUCCAAAUGGCGCUACCGGCGACGACCCCGCGCGCGGCGGCGCGCUGUCCGAUCGCGGCGUGCGCGCCCACGCCACCGGUGACGGCCGGAGGGAGGCCCCGGGAGCUGCCGUUCGCGCUGCUGGCGGAGCGGGGGAUGAUGGUGGGGGGUCACCGCGGGAUGGGGAUGAACGCGGUGGGGGCGCCGCCCGGGGCGCGCGUCGGGGCGGCGAGGGAGCGGGAGAACACGCUGCUCUCAUUCGGCCGCGCCGCCGAGCACGCCGCCGUCGCCUUCGUCGAGUUCGACGUCCAGGUUACAAAAGAUGGCUGCCCAGUUAUCUUCCACGAUGAUUUUAUCCUCACCCAAAAAACUGAGGUUUUGUAUGAAAUGCGUGUGACCGAUCUUCUUCUGGAAGAAUUCCUUUCAUAUGGGGUACAAAAAGAACCUCACAAGGUCUCCAAGCCCUUACUUAGACGGAUGGAAGAUGGCAGAGUCCUUACUUGGAGCACCGAAGAAGAUGAUUAUCUCUGCACAUUGCAGGAAGUCUUCGAACAUGUCAGUCCCCAUCUGGGAUUUAACAUCGAACUAAAGUUUGAUGACAACAUUAUCUAUCCGAGUGUCAACCUUAACCGUGCUCUUCAAGCUGUACUGCAAGUUGUUUUUCAGUAUGCUGGUAACAGACCACUCUUUUUCUCAACAUUCCAACCUGAUGCCGCACGGAUAACACGUGAGCUCCAAAGUGUAUACCCUGUACUGUUCUUAACAGAAGGGGGAACAGCCAAACACGAUGAUACGAGAAGGAACUCACUCGACAAUGCUAUCCAUGUGUGCCAAGAGUAUGACUUGCAUGGGGUUGUGUCAGAAGUCAGAGGAGUUCUAAAAAAUCCCUCUGCGAUCCUAAAAGCACAAGAAUCCAACCUUGCUAUUCUCACCUAUGGGCAGCUCAAUAAUGUGCGGGAGGCUGUUUACGUCCAGUAUCUAAUGGGUGUGAAUGGUGUCAUUGUUGAUCUAGUGGAGGAGAUCUCGAAUGCUGUUGCAGAUUUCAGUAAACCAGACCUUGGCCAGAGCACGUUCAGUAACAGCGUUGACAUAGGCAGAAAACACGAGUCCUUCUCACAGCAGCAGCUGGGGUUCCUGCUCCGGCUUAUACCUGAACUGAUUCAGCAACCACACUGAAGAUAGAUACAGUAGUAACCAAGAUUGUCUCGGUUUCAAAGCAAGUUGAGGAUUUCAUCUUCUGUUGACAUUUCUGACAGUUGUAUUUGACACUAGUCUAGAAGGUACAUACUAGAGCAUUGUUGCUGUUUAAAAUAUAGAUGAUUCCAUACAGUAAAGAUAGCCAAAUCAUCCGGCAAAUUAUUAUGUAUGUAAUGAUUGACCAAUCUUGUUGCAAUUAUGUGCAUACCAACUUUGCCAUCGGCAAAGAAGAGCAAUACAUGGCCAGAAUAUUUUGAAAGCUUA